AAGUUAUUCUCUGCUCUAUUAUUGACAAGCGCUCAGCCAGGUACAACCACCAUGAACAAGCUAAUUCUAACCGCAGGUCUCUGUCUUUCUCUUGGCAGCUUGGUCUCAUCCUCCAGACUGGUGUGUUAUUUCACUAACUGGUCCCAAUACCGACCUGGCAAUGGGAAGUUUAUGCCUGUAAAUAUUGAGCCAAACCUGUGUACCCACCUGAUCUAUGCCUUUUCUGGUAUUAACGAGGCAAACGAAUUGGUCACCAUAGAAUGGAACGACGAGGAACUCUAUAGAUCUUUUAAUGGACUCAAACAGAGGAGUCCAAAUCUAAAAACACUGUUGGCAGUCGGAGGCUGGAGCUUUGGAACCCAAAAAUUCACUACAAUGGUGUCAACACAAGCCAACAGAAAUACAUUUAUCCAGUCUUCCAUCAAACUACUGAGGAAAUACGAUUUUGACGGGCUUGAUCUGGACUGGGAAUACCCCGCUGCAAGAGGAAGUCCUCUGGAGGACAAGCAGAAAUUCACAGUGUUGUGCAAGGAACUCCUGGAGGCCUAUGCGGCUGAGGGAACAGAAAGUGGCCGGCCCAGAUUAAUGAUCUCUGCUGCUGUGGCUGCUGGGAAAGGAACCAUUGAUGCUGGUUAUGAAAUCGCUGAGAUGGCAAAGUACCUGGACUUCAUUAAUGUGAUGACGUACGACUUUCAUGGCACCUGGGAGAGUGUGACAGGACAUCAUAGCCCCUUGUACAAGGGAUCCCAAGACAUCGGGGACCAUGUUUACUUAAAUACUGACUUUGCCAUGAGGUAUUGGCGGGACAAGGGAACACCUGUAGAAAAGCUAAAUAUGGGCUUUGCAACAUACGGGAGAACAUUUCGUCUGUCCACUCAGUCCAGUCAGGUUGGAGCUGCAGCCAGUGGUCCUGCUGCUGCUGGUGCUUUUACCAGGGAGGCUGGCUUCUGGUCCUAUUAUGAGGUUUGCACCUUUCUCCAAGGGGCCAGUGUCCACAUGACCGAGGACCAGAAAGUUCCAUAUGCUGUCAAACAAAAUGAGUGGGUUGGAUAUGACAACAAAGAAAGUUUCGAGACAAAGGUCCAGUAUCUAAAGGACAACAGAUUUGGAGGAGCUUUCGUCUGGGCUCUGGAUCUGGAUGACUUUAACGGACGGUUCUGUGGACAGGGAAACUACGCCCUCAUCAGCCACCUCCGCUCACUUUUAGCUCCAGAGCUUCCUCCCAUUCCCACUGCAGAAACCACCCACAUUCCAGUGACUACAUCUACAAACAAAGACCAACCUGACACCACUGCCCGUCCCAGACCUACAGUCACUACUCCAUCCAAAAUCCCAGACGACAGCUUCUGUGCGACAAAGAUUGGUGGGCUUUAUGCCAAGCCUGAUGCCCCAGGUUCAUUUUACAGUUGUGCCAACGGCAUCACCUGGAUCCAGAACUGCGCAGCUGGUUUGGUGUUUCGAGACAGCUGCAGUUGCUGUGACUGGCCCUAAAAGCCUGCUCAUCAUUUUACAUUCAACAAGCUCUGACAAUUGUAGUUAUUGACAGUGAGCAAAAAUCAUGUCGAUUUACAAUUUUGUGAGUGUUUUGUGUUAGGUUCACUAAA